AUGUCAUUUUAUAAUAUAAUCAAUAAUAAAUAUUUAAUUGAUUAUAUAUUUAAAAAGGUUAGAGGAGAAAGAUUAGUAGAUUCUACGGUUGUUUCAUCGAGACCAUUCAUAACAUUUAAAUAUGAUGAUAUUAAUAGUGUGGAAUGGAUGAUUGAUAAUGGUUAUAUAGCAUUAUUGAAAUACAAGAUACAACGACGAGAUGUAUCAAUCAACGCAAUCAAUAGUGAUGACAUUGCAAGUCUAUGUAGUAAAGUGACAGACAAUGAUAAAGAUAUAGAAUCUUUUGAUUACAUCUACUUUAAAUGUAGUCAUCUAUUUCUAUGUCCAUCGGUUGUUGAUGGAGCUGCUUCCAAUACAACUACAUCUUAUCCAUUGUCAAAGAUACUCGAACGGUCUCAGCUGGAUGGUGGGUAUGCUCAAUGGAGUGUAGCAACGGUGCAAGCAGCUUUCAAUGCCGGCUCAUUACCAUGUGCCACUCUACUUUUUAAUAGAUGGGUCACCUUUGCAAAAGCAACGGAUGGUGUUGAUCCUCUCUAUCAAAACUAUCAAGCUACAGUACCAGAUAAUACCUAUUUUCUACGUCUUGUCUAUAAUGCUUUAAAUCAAACUUGGUGGACACCACAAAAAAGAAUAGAUCUCUCCAAUAUCGUCAUCCAAGCCAUCAAAUCAUUUGCAGCUUGUAAACGAUCGUCAGAGAUGUUAAAGAAUAUUAAUGUACCAUCUCUACCACUAGACACAAAAGAUAUCCUUCGUAGUGCUCAUUUCAACCUCCCUGUUGAUUUGUUUACUAUUCUAUUCAACACCAAUAACAUCUCUCCAUCCUCUUCAUCCUCCUCCUCUUCUGACCAUCAAAGAUAUUUCAUGGAUCAAUAUUUGGAAUGGUUAAAUGAAUUACCAUGCUAUGAAGCAGAUAAACCACUCCCAUCAAUUGGAGAUUCAACCAUACCAGAUCUAUUAAAACUGGUCAAAAGACAUUGGAAAACCUAUAACCUCCAACAAAAAUGUACAUUUAUAGAUCAAAAUACAAUUGAAAUGAUUGAUUUUAUUGAAUCAAAAAUUAGUCUUCAACAAGAAAAUAAUAAUUAUAAUAUUAAAGAGUUUCUUUUACCCAAUUCCUCUUCAUCCUCAUCCUCUUCUUCUUUGUCCUCUUAUAAAUGGAUUUAUUUAAAAUGGAUUUUAAAAUCAAAUAGGAUCAAUCAAUUAUCUUUUGACAAGGGGAAAUGGGUAAAUAGUUUUAUAAAGGCAGCAAUUAAGGAAGAAGAUAGAUUGGAAGAGUUGAAUGACCUUUUACAAGUUACGAUACCAAUUUUUAAAUAUAAUAUUGAUUGGUCACAAAUGUAUUAUCAAGAUUUUGGUCACUCAAAAUGUAAUGAUAUUAUACGUCGAGCUAUUCAAAAUGCAUUACCAAAUACUACUGUAUUUUUACUUACCCACGAUCAAGUUUCGGAGGAUACUACCGAAUUGUCAUCAUUCCAUCAACCAUCACCAUUGGUAGCAAUCAAGGGUGGCCAUCUACCAUUCAUUCAAAAAAUGUAUCAAGCAGCCACCACCGAUUUACUUGACGGCACCACCUUUGGUACUCUUGAUCUACAACUCGAACUACUCACCAUCAGUGCUCAGUACGAUCAAUAUGAAAUUAUCAAGUGGCUGAUUGGCCAAAUCAAACAGGAUGGUUUUGAUCAAUCUGUCAAAUUGCCAAUCAUUCAAGUUGCACUCGAAACCGCGCUUCUUCAUAGCCACGGUAGGAUAGUCAAUUUAAUCUUGUCCGAGUUUCCAGACCCCUGUAUUUUUACACGUUCUCUCUUGGAGGUUGCCUCUGUAUCUGGUAAUGUUGACUUUUACACCAGUCUACAACGUCGUGUUCAACUACCAGACGGCGUACCAAAAGAUUUUAUCGAUUAUCAACAAUCGAUACUGUUUUCCAUCAAUCAAGGAUCAACCAAAUUGGCUCAUUACAUUAUCAAAAUCGUCCUAGGAAAGAAUGAAAGUGAUUCACUACUUUCUUUCAGCUUUUUAUUUUGUAUUCAUGCUGCCAUUAAACUUGGCAACUUUGAAUUGUUUAAAUACUUUAUGGAGUCAAUUAAAACCAACAUGGACAAGGAUACUGUCAUUACUCAGUUUAUUUUAUCGGCUAUGGAUUAUGGACGUGUCCAAGUGUUGGAUUACCUCUUGACCAAACAUCCCUCCAACUAUCAACUCUUGGUUAGCGACAUUUAUCGUGCUCUCAGUCGUGGCCACAUUUCCAUUCUUCAAUACUUGGUCAGUGAUAAAAACUCGUCCCACUUUAAAGUGUUGACUCAAUAUGUUAAAAAGUUUGGACCCCUUCACGAUCAUCCUCCAAACACCAAAUCUUUUUUAAUUAAUAAUACAUCUUUAUUUAAAUAA